UGAGCUGAUUUUUAAAAUGAAGAAUACUAACUCUUCACCCGAAGUUCGCCUUCCUCGUUUACGUCGAAGGCCAAAAAGUUCUUUGCAAACGCCGCCUUCUAAUUUACAGAGCAUUCAAAGCCUAAAAGAUAAGGAAGUCAUUAAAAGUUCUACUGGCGUCCGCAAGGAGGAAAUCGCGGCUCCGCGUGGGUCAGAGAAGCAUGCAAACCCUGCAACACCCGAUGGAGCAGUUAAACAAGCUCCGACGCCGCUUCGUAGGAGUGCACGCGUUCCUCGGCCAGUAAGCGAGUUUUGGGCGUGCCCCCGUUUUAUUAAAAAGGAGGACGGCAGUUAUGAAUGUGUUCAGGACUUCUCGUGGGUGGGCUCCUUUGAGUCAGAAGCUGCUGUCAGAAGAAGAAUGAAUCUUUGCAGUAAUAGUACUGUUAGAAAAUGUACUGCUGUAAGUCGUGCAAAGAUCGAACUAUCCGUAAAAGAAAGGCUUCGAAAGCUCGAAGACAAAACUAAAGCUGAGAAAACUCGUAGCGCUCAUCAAAUUCCUGCAAAAAAAAGAAGAGACAAGGAAAACAGAGCUUGCGAUUCCUGGACUCAAUUUGAAAAUAAAAGACUCGAGGAAAUUCUUAAAAAGCAGCCUCUGGGCCCUAACUAUUGGACCAAUGUGGCACAACACGUGGGUACACGCACAGCUCUGGAGUGCGAGGCGCAGGCAUCUCGGCAGCCGGCGUCCCACAGCAAAGCUAAGGAUGAUAAUUCCAAAAAAAGAGUACUUGGUACACGUGUUACGUCAAAGAGACGGGUAUUGAACGACGACGAUGACGAUUCCAUGAUUUUUAAAGCGACCCCCAUACGCUACCGGCCUAUGAGGCAGGGUGCGCGCACCCCUCCAAUACGUAGCUUCGUCAAAUGAAAAUCCCUCAUCCUACUUUUUGCAAUGCAUCUGACGAACACACCGUUCUAAAACGUGAUCAAGGGGAAGCGCGGCUUAUGCACGACUUACAUAAAUAAC